AUGAACCCCAUACCGACGACCAGUGCCGAAUGGCUCGCGCAGCACGAAUCUCUCUCGGCGAAAUGGGAGAGACUAGUCAAGGAAGAUCCGAGGCGCGCGGUGCGGGUGCUACUGCUGCACGGAGUGAGGGACGAAACAAUCGAAGGCGACACGGGUCAUGAUCUAUCGUACGUUCUCGGCCACCUUCGCAAGAUGACUUUCGACGCGAAAAGCCAAGAUUGGAGGGCGAUGGUCGACGCAGGAGUAAUGCCCGCACUCCUCAAGGCCGCGUCGAGUGUGCAAGGCAUGAUUAUUCCCCCAGGGCCGAAUGCGCCGAACUUCGAGGUCGACGCGGCUGUCCAAAUGACACCGACUCCCUAUUUUCCUAUUCUUGAAAUUUUAUGCAAUGCUAUAUGCUCGUGCUCGAUACCUCCAGGACCGACAGAGCUGAAGAUGGCUGAGGAGAUCAAAAAAUCAUGGUCAACCAUCAUGCAGAGGGUAUGGUCAGAACCAGGCCACAGCUUGGACCCCCAACCGGAACGAAUUCGUUUAUUGGAGCGUAUCGUCGUCCCACAGAUCGUCUCACGACUGCCUUUGAUUGACCCGUCGUUCAUCGAGGUGAUUUUCAAGCCCUCGGACCUAACUCUAGCCGUCAUAUUCCGGUACUGGAUCCAUUCGACGUCCGUGGCUGAUUCCCGGAUGAACGGCGGUGUCCUCUUAUAUCUCUUGGACAAACCUGUGGGCUCACAUCCUUGGAAGGAUGGCCUUGAAGCAUACCCACCCCCUCUCGCCAAAGAACUUCUAGCUCGUAUCUAUCUCGGCGCAAGCAAGACAGCGGGAUCAAAUAAGAAGAAGCGGACGCCUCUUCAAGCUGCCGAGUCAAUCCUGGCAGCCUUCAUUCGACACUUCAAGAACCUGUCUCUUGAUGAAGUCUCGGUGGAAUACAAUUUCUUUCACGCAUUCUUCGACCUAUGUCUCAAGGAAAAUCGCCCUUUUGUCCGAGCAACAUACAAGUCCGAAGGUUUUUGGAAGGCGAACGCAGACGUCAUGCGCCGCGCCGCGGAGACGCCCGUCCCACAGUCUCCAGCCGUCUUUCUGGCCGGGCUCACGACAUACUCUACAAUGAGCCAUCCAGUCCAAGAAGACGGGAAGGAGUUCAUCGACGCGAUGGCAUAUAACUGGAUAUCCUCCGGGCUCAUCGACAUUCUGGACAAGUACAUCGAUCGAGUUAUAGCUGUCGGCCGGGGCCCGAUGAUCAUGACAGGAAUCCUCGCCGCAUUCGAAAGCUACCUACCGAAGCUGACGGACAAGACCAAGGCGCUCCUCCGCUCGCAGUUGCCCCGGCCGCGAAUGACCAAGCGACUCCUCGUCUCGGGGACGAUGUCCACCGGUGAGGAGAGGCAGCGGCUUCAAAAUGCCUACUCCGACUUUGUCCAGAACGGCUUCGGCGCUGACCCGCGGAGCGUAAUAUGGCUCCAAGGUGCAUGGCAGAUGCUUGCAAUCAUUACGGCGAAGGUCGAAGACCCCACGCAGUGCGCACGCCGUGGAUGUGCGUUGGACGCUGAGCCGGGCGAUGAGCUGACGUGCAAGUUGUGCACCAAAGCCAGGUACUGCUCACAGGAUUGCUUGAAACGGUGA